UAUAAACAAGAGAGAGAGAGAGAGAGAGAGAGAACGCCACCCAAUUGGCUGGCCAACUCCUUGCCAUUCUCCGGUAAUCCCUUUGUACACUCCGUCCACAACCAUGCUCGGACGAUGAAACAAAAAUCCCGAAAUUCCGUCGAUAAUCUACACGAAACGACAACUGGCGCCACCGGAGUUACGACGGACAUGAGGGUCAUAGUACCCUUACAAGGUGUAGUUCAAGGCGGAGGUGGCUUGGUUCUAGGCUCAAUCAUCCCCUGCGCUCUCUUCUACUUCUUACAACUCUAUCUAAAGGCCAAAAAUCCUUCCGACGACGACCCCAACCCCUCACCACCGCCGCAACUGCCCGAGACUCCUCCUCCUCCUCCUCCUGGUGGCCUGCAAAGGGUUCAUUCAGUAAGGUCGAUUUGGUCCCCACGUGGUACAAACGGUCAAGUUCAGGUUUCUACGAGGGCCAAUUCUGUCAUCAAACAUCCUGAUUCUCCGUACUAUGUUGGAUUAAAGAGGGCUUCUGAUAAUCUGUAUGAUGAGUCGAGUAAUCCAGAGGGGAUUAUUCAACUCGGAUUGGAUGAAAACAAGUUAUCCCUGGAUUUGAUUCAAGACUGGCUAGUGACGCAUACCAAGUGUUCGAUCAUUGGUCAAGAGUUACAAAUGGACCAAAUCAGUACUUAUCAUCCUUUCCAUGGAUCAUCAGAACUCAAACUGGCAGUUGCAAGAUUCAUGUCUCAAGUUAUGGAAGGACACGUGUCAUUCAACCCAUCACAGAUAGUUUUAACAGCUGGAACAACACCUGCUCUUGAGAUGCUUGCUUUUUGCCUUGCUGACCCUGGAAAUGCAUUUCUUGUCCCCUCUCCAUAUUUCCCAGACCUUGAUAGGGACAUAAAAUGGAGAACCGGGGUUGAAAUUAUACCUGUGCCAUGUCGUAGUUCAGACAAUUUUAGUUUACAUACAACUGCCCUUCAUCGAGCAUACAACCAAGCAAAAAAACGUGGUAUCAAAAUCCAAGGUGUCAUAAUUUCAAAUCCUUCAAAUCCAGCUGGCAUUUUUCAUACCAGAGAUACCCUUUACAAUCUUUUAAACUUUGCAACUGAAAAAAACAUCCACAUCAUCUCCAACGAGGCACUUUCAGGCUCAAAUGGUGACAAGAAUCAAGAAUUUGUCAGCAUGGCUGAAAUUGUGAAUUCUGAAGAGUAUGAUAGAAACAGAGUUCAUAUUGUUUACGGGUUGUCAAAAGACCUUUCUGCCCCUGGUUUACGAGUCGGGGUUGUUUAUUCGUUUGAUAAAAACGUGUUGGAGGCAUCGAAGAAAUUGGUGAGAUUUUCAUCUGUGUCAUCUUUGAACCAAAGAAUGCUUGUUUCAAUGCUUAAUGAUUCAAGAUUUGUUGAGGGGUUUAUAAAGAUUAAUAGAGAAAGAGUUGAGAAAAUGAGUGAUCUUUUUGUGGUUGGUUUGAAGAGUUUGGGAAUUGAGUGUAUGAAAAGUGGUGGAGGGUUUUAUUGUUGGGCGGAUUUGAGUGGUUUUAUACGGCCUUAUAGUGAAAAAGGUGAGCUUGAAUUGUGGGAAAAGUUGUUGACUGUGGGAAAAGUCAAUUCUACCCCUGGAUCAUCUUGUCAUUGUGUAGAACCAGGGUGGUUUAGGUUUUGUUUUACAAAUUUGGAAGAAAAAGAGAUUCCAUUGGUUAUGGAAAGAAUCAAGAGUGUUGUGAGUUCGAAUUGAUCACAUGAAGGAAAGAAAGGAAAGCCAUUGGUACAGAAACUUGUGAAGGAUCUCCCACCCUCAAAUUGUAUUAUAGAUUGGUUAUUUUUUGGAAUUUUUUUUUAAAUAUUUUGAAGGUUCAUAUUCAUUUUGAAAUGUUUUUGUUCAUGGGUUUGGAUGUUUAUAAUGUUCAUUUAUUUAUGUAAUAAAAGCAGUCAUUCAUAUUUUUAUAAAAUAUAAUUAUUCAUAAAA